UGACAGUUCACAUGUUUGAGAGGUGGGAGGAUGUGUUCCGAGGACAAAGGAAUCGCUGGCAUGUAGUUUUUUUGUCCGCCCAUAGUUAACUGGGGCACGUUUACGGACCGAAUAAUAAAAGUUACAUCCCUGUAUCACAUUCACGUUCGUGUAAAUUCUCACUCAACUAUUUAAUGACCGACGUUGAAUUUUUUCGUGCUUAGUCACUAACGCUCCCUUAAAAAUAGCUAAAACUCACAGAAUCUUGUAUUGUUUUUGGAGUAUGCGGUGCAAUAUCUGAAUGUCCCGAAGUGCAUUCCUCCACAGUUCAUGUAAAGUGAUCGUUGUUCAAAGGCGUGACAAAAUCAAACGGACGAGACAGUCAACUCGCAUCAGCACCACAAUAUCCACCCUCUCAGUAAAGCGUCUGCAGAUUUGGGCGAUACGAACACAUUUCGUCUUGUCUGUGUGGAAGCGCUCUUAACCCGAAGUCCUGCGAUCCCCGGACCGUCAGAACUGCUGUUCGGCAACUACACCACUGAGUCUGUGGCUGAACAAACUCUAUGACUUACGACAGAUUUGUAUUCAUCGUUUUGGAAGAAGGACGCUAAGCUGCAUCGUUUUAUAAAGUUUAAAGCAGUGAACGUAUCGACGAGCUGUGCAACCCGAAACCCGAGAAAUCUCACUAAGGGCCCUCUCAAUGGAUAUAGACACAGAUUAUGAACGACCUAAUGUGGAGACUAUAAAGUGUGUGGUGGUGGGUGAUAACGCGGUGGGCAAGACCCGGCUGAUCUGUGCCCGUGCCUGCAAUGCCACCCUUACUCAGUACCAGCUGCUUGCCACCCACGUGCCAACUGUCUGGGCCAUCGACCAAUAUCGGGUGUGCCAGGAGGUGCUUGAGAGGUCACGAGACGUGGUGGAUGAGGUCAGUGUCUCUCUCAGGUUGUGGGACACGUUUGGAGAUCAUCACAAAGACAGACGCUUCGCUUACGGCAGAUCAGACGUGGUAGUGCUGUGCUUCUCUCUGGCAAAUCCAAACUCUUUACGGCAUGUCCGCACCAUGUGGUUCCCUGAAAUUAAGCACUUCUGCCCCCGCACCCCGAUCAUCCUGGUUGGCUGCCAGCUGGACCUGCGCUAUGCUGAUCUGGAUGCUGUUAACAGGGCUCGCCGGCCCUUGGCUAAACCCAUCAAACCUACAGACAUUCUGCCCCCAGAGCGAGGCCAUGAGGUCGCUAAAGAACUUGGCAUUCCAUAUUAUGAAACGAGCAUUGUUGCUCAGUUCGGUGUUAAGGAUGUGUUUGACAAUGCUAUCCGUGCUGCACUCAUCUCUCGACGUCACCUCCAGUUCUGGAAGUCCCAUUUAAAGAAAGUCCAACGUCCCCUUCUUCAAGCCCCCUUUCUACCCCCCAGACCACCACGACCCGUGGUGGGCAUUCCCGAUCCUCCUCCCAUGGAUGGAGAAGGUCCGGACUCUCUUUUCUGCCAGCCCUUGUGCGGAGAUGUCCUGUUUCUCCUUCAGGGUGGAACCACUCGUGUCUUCUCUCAUAAGGUGUACCUUGCCACUUCCUGCUCUAAGUUCUAUGACCUUUUCACAAUGGAUCUUGGGACAGCUGGCGAGAAGAAGGACAGCGAGGAUAGCUCGGAGGGGAGCGAGGAGGAGGAGCAGAGCCGAAGAGGAGCCAAAGAACAGGCUGGGCGUACCAAAAGCCUGGACAUAGAUAAGGAAGGUGAAGGGGGUACCAGGGAUUCCAACAGGCUGCUCAUGUUGCAGCAAGGCUCCUUGAGGACUUCACAGAGCGAUAACGCUCUACCCGCCAGGAGCCAGCACUCUGUGGGACCUCUGGGAGCAGGCCGUCCUCUUUUGGGAUGGGGACGUGGUUUCUUAGGGGUGUAUUUGGAGAUUGUGGAUGAUCCUGUUACAGGGCGACCAAGACUCAUGACAGUAGUGUCCAUGGAUGAUCUUAUUCAGGAAGAGCCAUUCCAGGCAGUCCUGCAGUACCUUUACACAGGUCACCUGGAUGAGAGGCGUGGGGACCUGAUGCAGGUGGCCACCAUUGCUGAACUUCUGGAAGUCUUCGACCUGCGCAUGAUGGUGGCCAAUGCACUGAAUCACGAGAGCUUCAUGAAUCAAGAGAUUACCAAAGCCUUCCAUGUGCGUCGUGCCAACCGCAUCAAAGAAUGCCUGAGCAAGGGCACCUUUGCUGAUGUGGUGUUUCGAUUGGAUGAGGGUUAUCUGCCGGCCCACAAGCCACUGCUCAUCUCAAGCUGUGACUGGAUGGCAGCCAUGUUUCGAGGAUCUUUCAUGGAGAGCUACAUUGAGGAGGUGUCUAUUCCCAACACCAGUUGUGCCUGUAUGAGAGCAGUUCUGGAGUAUCUCUACUGUGGUUUAUUAACACCAUGUCCUGAACUGGAGCCAAUGGACCUUAUAAUACUAGCCAACCGCCUCUGUCUUCCCCACCUCGUAGCUCUUACAGAGCAACAUGCCGUUGAGGACCUGUUGCAGCUGUCCGUUAAAGGGGUGGACAUUGAUGGCCCUGUUCUGGCCUAUCUGGAGAUGGCUCAGUUCCACAAUGCCAAACAGCUCUCGGCCUGGUGUCUGCAUCACAUCUGCACCAACUAUAAUAGCGUCUGUCGCAAAUUUCCUAAAGACAUGAAGACCAUGUCUGCUGAAAACCAGAAACACUUCGAGAAGCAUCGCUGGCCCCCCGUCUGGUUCCUUAAGGAGGAAGACCGCUACCUCCGCUCUCAAAAAGAGCGAGAGCGCGAGGAAGAGAUCGUACGGAAGCAACACAUUAAACGGGGCUGGUGCUUCUGGAGACAUCCAUCCUCUGCAGCACCCCAUAUUUCUUGAAGGUUCAUUUCUACCCAUCAACCCCUUCACUCAUCUCCAUCCUGAGGCAUGUAGCCGAGCCUGGGGAUCCCUUUUUAAACGUCCAGGUGUGUCCGUCCUGGCUUCUCUGGAAAUUAUUGCGGGGUCUCUUUCCCCCGUACUUUCAUCUUCCCUCCAAGCUGGGCCUUAGUGGACUCCCUACCACAAGUGCUCAGAAUGUGUCAUUAAAUUGGUGAAGGCUUGAAGAACAUUUCAAAUCUGUUUCAACGUUAUGAGGUUUCACCACAUGCCAUCUUUGCAAUGACCUGACUCCACUACUCAAGACUGUUAUUAUUAUGAAUAUACACUUACACCAGCACCCUGUCUGUGCGCUGGCGCCCAGGCCCACGGAUGCUGCAUGGUGCUGCUGUGUUAAGCUUUCUUUGUGAGACCCGUUUCUGGGAAAACCGCCAUGUUCAAUGCAUACGAGCUGAAACACACCGUACGUUUUGAAUACAAAAAGCAACUAAAAUGGCGGCAGGGAUAUACAAAUUAAAAGGGGCUGUUGUCGCCCUGUUUCAAACUAAUGUUUGCUUUCAUUCUCACAACACAAAAAAUCUCCAUUUUUGAUCUUCCAUUGCCCCGUACCAACUGUGUUGCCUACUGAGGAACUCUUGUGUUUUUAACAUUUGUCUUAGUAGACCAGGGGCAGGAACAGAAGGGUUUAUUUCAGGUCUGUCACACAUAAACGCUCUAGCAAAGCACCAAAGACAGACACUCAUUCAGACGCAAACGCCUUACCAAAUUUACCGAAACAAGACAGCAAGUGAACAUAAAAUUAGGGAUAUUCAUACCACUGCCGUCAGAGAAUUAGCAAUCACAGCUAUAGAAUGAGUUGUUUUCUACAAUAUGACCACUAGCAAGCUACUUGACUUGCUUGCCUUUCGCCUCCACCACCAGGUGGUGCCCAUGCCUUCUGAGUCUACCCUUCUUUAGAAAGUAUUAGCAGCUCAUUUGUGUGUAAAUGGUUGACCUUCGCAUUCAAGAAUCCAAGCAUUUUGUAGCACCUAUUGGCAAAAUGUCUGAUAACCCCCCCAAAAUUGAUUGUGACGUUUGUUUUCAAGCUAAAAACAAAUGCUCCCCUCGGUUAUUCCUCUGGUCCUCUUCCUCUUAACCAAAGAGAGGGAGAAACUAUCAAUCCAUUUUCUCUAGUCUUUCAUAUGUUGCAUUGUGAUGAUUCACGGCUCAAAUGUCACUUUGCACUUUACACAUGCAGACGUGUGCUCAGGAUAAGCCUGCAAAAUGUCACAACAUUCAGCCACGCAUUCACCUCUCUAUACAAGUUUACCUGUUUUUGACAAUCUUAAUAACAGCCCGGCAAAAGUACAUCUUUUUUAUUAAGAAAAGCUUUAUGCAUUUCAAAACAGGUUUUGAGGUUAAACUGACACUUGUAAUAUACCCUUUCCUCACUUUUCAGAUCCGCUGUGAAGCAGUGUUAGAAUCUGUUUGCUUGAGUCUGUCUAUAUUGCCUUCCAUUUAAGUACAUGAGUGCCUAAGACCAUGUUACACUUUUCCUUCAGAAUUAAGAUACACUCAUCCUUCUAGUAUUUUUCGGUGAAGCAUGUUUGUUUUGCCUGUUUUGUGCCUUUAAACAAGAGUGUUAUUAAUAGCCAUUGGAGGUGAAUAAGAAAUCCAAGACUUUUCUUCCUGCCACCUCUUUGCUAUUCCUUGCUUUCUAACUUCGCUUUCUCGAGACUGCGCCCUGCUUUUCUCACCACCAGACAAGCUGAAAUCAUCAACAGCUACAAAAAUAGUCUUGCGGAGCCCAUGUGCCCUGAACGGCAGUGAAAUUGGAGAAAUUAAAAAUGCGAAAUGGAUUUGAAUAGACGCUUUUGAAACCUUAAGGGAAAUCUUGCAGUUAAUGCGUUUGUUUCAUUCCCUUGAUGGGAAUUCCACUUCUGCAAUAUUUAUAGGGACAGAAAAAUAAAUAAAUGUUUAUUGAAGCACUCAAAGACACACUAUAUGCCUACCCACUACCUAAAGGCUUGCUAUUAGUUAAACAUAGAAUGUACGGCUUUACUGUUUAUUUGCAGACUGGCUCUGCAAUGAAUUCUGUAUUAAAUCACAGCUUCCUUGUCCCGGAUAGCUGCUGUCUGCCCCUUAGAGACCACCUAGAGUUUGCUUACUGAAAGAAUAUUGACGCAAGGUACACAGACUACAGUUAUGAGCUUUGAGAAAAUGAUAAACAUCGGUAUACUUCCUUGGAUGGAAGCUUGUUGCCGUGGUGAUUUCCGGCUUGUUAGCACUUUUUGUCUUUGUAUGCUUCUGCACUUUUUUUGCUUCGAUUUGGUCUGGCUUUGUUGUGCAUGGCAUUGACUGUUUUUAAACUAUGGCUUUUUAAAAGAGGUUACAUUUUGUAGCAUGGAAUGGGUUUCUUCCAUUAAAACGGUGCUUCUGAUGGCCCUGUAUAUUCUGUGCUUGCAUGGAAAAAAAUACUUUCUCAUACUUUCUACUUUGAUGUCUACUGUGAUAAAGGCAUCACAGUCUUCCUCCCUUGUGCUUUUAUUGACUACGCCUUCACGAACUCUCGAGUUGUGUUUUGUAAUAGUAUUUAGAAGGUCUAGUUGAUUUCUUUUGAACGGUAUUGGAGAGGUCCCAUUAGCCCUUAAAACAAGUUGCAAGGAAUUGGUUUUACUCUAACAACUGCUAACAGUAUAACUACUAGUCAUGCACUUUAUCCUAAAAUAAAAUACAAAGUUAGAUUUCUUUUAGUUUAACUUUAAGUUGUCCUGAGUGGCAAAUUGUAAAAACAUUUAACGUAUGCACGUUUACAGGUAAGAUGUGCAUGGGUACGGUUUUGGGAGCGCUACCUUGAGAGUUAGCAUAUAGUUAUAAAUAGUGGUAGCUUUCAUUAUUCUUCAUUAUGCACUUUUGUCUUGUUAUUAUAAAACAUAAAUCCCUCAUUCAACCACAGAUAAUCCAGAAUCCUGUCUGGCAUCAUGUUAAUAGUAAUAUUGUUCUAUACUUGGUUAUUUAAGUGGUUUGCAUUGCGCAGCGUAUAAACUCAGAAUUUUUGUGAGAGAUGAGAGAUAAGAGUUAAAAGUUGUGGUCUGUGUUACCUGUGCCUUUUAUUCAAAGUCCUGUAAUCAUUGUCGUAAUAAUUUUUAAGAGAGGCCACCGCAUUUAGUUUCAGUCGGGGUGUUCAUAUAAACACACAACAGUAUACAGUUACCUGACUGCCAGCAGACCACUUUAUUGCUUUGUUUGCAUGCCUGUGGCCAGCAUGUAGCAAUCCCUUCUGUUCUUUGAGUGAUGUGAUACAUCUCUUUAUGAUUUUCCAUUGAAUCAUUUGAUUUUUUCCCUCUUUCUGAUUGUGCGGAGUUGAGCGGAAACUGUACUUAUUGUGAGCUGUGAUCAUGACUAGAAGGUUUCACAUUAAGAGAGGGUCAGAGGUACACUUUGCGCCCUCUACCGUCAGCCGAAGGCAAAACUGCUAAGGGUGAUUUUCCCUGAAAAGAUGUAAUACCAGAGCAGUUAUUGAGUACUUUCUUCUUGCAAUUCUAUUAAACUGGAAGGGUUAGCCACAACUUGUUUGUAAAAUGAAGUACAUCUAACCUCAUUUAAUAUAGGCAGAGAUCACUUUUAAGUUUCUUUUUGAAAAGAAAGAUUUUAGAACCACAUUCCAUUCUUCUCUUAAAGGGUUAGUUCAUCGAAAAAUGAAAAAUCUGUCAUCAUUUACUCACCCUCAGGUUGUUUAAAACCUGAAUACAUUUCUUUGUCCCGAUGAACAUAGAGAAAGAUGUUUGGAAGAAUGUUAUCAAUUUUCAGUUCUGGGACAUCACCCACUACCAUAUAGGAAAUAAAUUGUCCUGUUGAACACAUAAUGAUAUUUUGAAGAAUUUAGGAGAACUUCUUCCCACUAUGGUAGUCAAUAAUGUCCCGGAACUGAAAAUUACUCACAUUCUUCCAAAUAUCUUUCUGUUCAAAGCAAUUCCUACAGGUAUGAAAUUACACGAGCGUGAGUAAAUGAUGAUGACAGAAAUGUCCAUUUUUGGAUGAACGAUACCUUUAAGAAAAAAUGGAUCAGUCAGUUACAAUGAAGCACUUAUUCCCCUUGGCAGAUGAUGUGGUAUGUGUUCUGUCUAAGUGGUCAUUGCCAAUUUUGUCCUCUUGAGGGUAGGGAGGUGUCACUGGCUGCCUGUUAGAUUGACCCGACUCUUUACCUCUCUUCCUUAUCAAGUCUUUGAUUAUUUAAAGCUGUUUUGCACUUUGUGUUUUUAACCUAGUUUGAAGAAUUACUGUUCUGGUCCUAAAACAAAGUUUCUGUUACUGUUUUGUAAUUAUUGUACUUGGUCCGAACCAGAAGCACACACACUACACAUACACUAUGAAGGGCUUUUAAAAUACUAAAUCAGAAUGUUUUUGCUGCUGCUUCAAAAUAAAAAAAUAAAAACGUUUUAUUGAAUCCUUUGUAAUAUUUUUAAACAACUGUGAUUUGUACAAAAUGGAGUGUGGGGAAGGGUUGGAAAAAGUUGUCUGUUUCAGUAUCUUAAUGUUUGCUUGGCUUUUAAUAAAACUAAACUGAAAUAUA